AUGGAUGUCUUAGUUUUUUAUUUUUUAAAGAAUUGGUCACAUAACGCGAGGAUAUUGCUAUGUUCUGUGCUCGACUACUUCAGCCUAUUUAAAGAUGGCGCUGUAAAAGCCAAGGUUUGUUUUCCAUGGGUGCAAAGUAUGUUUAAGUGCAUUAAGCGAACGGCCCAGUUCACGAGAUAUCUACAGUCAGCAGGCAACACUUUCUCUUGAAACCAGAACUUCAGGUAAGUACUGUCACACAUUUGUUAACUGUUUGCUUUAAAUAAUAAAGUUAAAAUGACCACAAACGGCAUACUAUCUAUCGAACCAAUGUUAGCAGCUUUGGCCGUUGGAGCCAGUGUUUCGAUAAAACGAGUGACCGUGUUAACUGGAGACUCAGCCAAACGCGUUUGUGAUUGUCGUACUUAGACCAGCUGUUGAGGCAGAACCUCUUAGCUCCCUUUGUGACAAUAACAUCAAAUAUUUCCAACAGAUACGUCUUUGCUGUCAUCCAAAACACAGAGAGAUCUAAGGAUACGUAUUCAACAGCUGUGCGGCUUGGGACAAUCUCAUGCGCAUUUUUUCGAAAGUCUCCAGGUAACAGGGUCACUUUUUACACCGAAACACCGGCAUGUUGACCCAGCUAAACCAAGCUAUAUAGCUAGGCUAGCACAUUACGCAUUGGUACUAAUUUAAAUGGUGGCUGAAUACAGAUGUGUCUGUACACAGACACCGUACAGCAUCGGGAUAUUUUACUGGACAAACGCACCCGACUGCCUCAAGCAACCCCGCGUACUCUUAUCAACCGCUGUUUGUUAGCUUAGCAUGCUAAACCUUCUGCCAGUGAGAUUAUUGAAUGCCCUCUAUAAAGUCACGGCAGUCCGCUACUGUUUUACUUGCGGUCAGAACAUUGAAAUCAUAUCUUCAUAUAAUCAUUUACAGAAAUGGGAUGGAUAAAGGCCUUUUGUUUUAUGACAAGCCUAUUUUAUGAUCAGAAACCAAGCUUAUUUUAUGAUUUGGAAGCAGUGAGAUACCAGUUUAGCAUGGUUUCAAUACAAAGUCAGUAUCAUGGACCCCGAAGAGUAGUUAAAAAAGUAAUAGCUAAACAAAAUGUUUGUUUGCACUGUUUGCAAAAAUAUAUCAUUUAUUUUGCAUUGUCAACAUUAGUAAAGAAGAUUUUAUCAGUAUGCCCUGAUGUAAAUAUGCCAGAAUUGGCACAAAAGCUAAAUGUCACCUGUUGUCCUCAGGCAGGUGCUUAUCUAAUACAGAAAACUAAUGGUACUAUUGCAAAACAUAUUAAGAGUGUUCACUGAACCACACCCACAAUAACCAAGAAUCAAUUUUACAUUCAAAAUAGAUAUAUUGUUUCCAGUACAAAUGACAGAUCUGCUAAACUGGUUAAAACCUGCAUUACUGUAACAACCACAUCUUUUAUGAGUAUGCCAACUGCUUUAGCUCUCACAGUAUUAUCAGGUUUCUCAAUGGUGUGUUUCAAGGUUAUUUAGGCUUGACAUUUUCAUUAGUUGUUGUUUUUUCUUUUUUGGUUUAUUUUUUCUUCUUAAGGAUCAUAUCACACAGCUUAUGACUGCUUGUUUGUGUAGUGUAGUUUUAUAUUCUGAAAUGCUUUGUUAAAUUUUGGAUUUUAUUCACUUUGGUGUUGGAUUUUUGCACAGAAUACUUGUCAGGGAGGAAAGCUAGAAAAAUACUGUAAAAUAAAAACUCAAAACAUUUCUUUCUUUUUUUUUUUGUUUUCAAAUACUAAAAAAAAUCAACCUCAGCCAUCCACAAAUACAAACCAUAAAGAAUAUGUGUCAAUCAGUGUGCUACUGCUGUGGAAUGAGAUAAAUUGAUCAAAACAAAGUCCAAGUUAUUUUGUUUCUUUUGAUUUUACUUUACUUAUUUUCAUGAACACACAACACAGUUGCAAUUGUUGUUUGUUCAUCAAGUAAAGUCUUCAUUUGUAGUUAUAUUUGAAUCAGUUCAAAUCUUUUUGACAACCUGGUUUUUUAUCUAAAAGAUGGUAACCUUGCUGGCUGUUAAGAUCAACAUACGUACCUCAUACCAGACUUUAACAUGAACAGGUUUUUCAUCAUUCAAACUGUUUGUGACUGGAUGAGAUUGUUAAAUUGAUGGUACUUUUGUGGAAACACGAACAACAUUAUUUUUAUAGAACUUUCCUUUUCCUUGCAAAAAGAGUGAUUUCUAUAGUAUACCGUUAAACCAGAGCCUGUCUGGGCUGUAAUGUCUGUUUGAAUUAGAAUAUGAACAGAGCAGGCCUGGGUCUUUGGCUAACUACAUUUGUCUUUCCCUCCACUGCAGGCUUGUGUCAACCUUGCCUCUCAAAAUGAUCGACCCAGCUGUGCAGAGGGUGGUCAGCGACAUAAUCCGCUCCCCUGAGGACAAACGGGUGUACAGGGGGCUUGAGUUUACCAAUGGCUUGAAGGCCAUUCUCAUAAGUGACCCAACAACAGAUAAAUCUUCUGCUGCUUUGGAUGUCGAAAUAGGUACAAGUCUCUCACCAUCAUUUUAAUGUAGCAAGGAGGAAACUUUUAUUUAGUUGUAUUAAAAUGCAUGAGAAAAAAUAUGUUAAAAGUAUCUAUAAUUUCUGUGUCCUGUGUGAAAUAUUAACAUAAUUUUAUGCACAAGACAAAACUGUGUUUGUUGUCCUCUUCUCUUGCUGAUAUAAAAACAACUUUAGGCAUAAAAACAGAGGAGGGAAACAGUAAGAUUCUCAACACUUACGACUCAUGAAAUUACAUUGACAGUUGUCAUCAUUAGGUCUCUCCAACUGGAAGUUUCUCCUAAAAGUCUGAAUUGUGUAUCCUCUUGGUAGUUUUUCUGGUGUAGUACUACAGAGUUCUCUGUUUGUUGCCACUGUCCAUUAUUUUUCUGUCUUAUCUGCAUAACCAAUCUGACAGACAUUGAAAGUUUGCAUAUCACUCAAAGCAAAGAGCCACAGCUUCAUCCACUCAUUUUCUGCUUCGUCUUGAUUUCACAGGUUCAUUAUCAGACCCAGAAAACAUCUCUGGCCUGGCACACUUUUGCGAACACAUGCUGUUCCUGGGAACAAAGAAGUAUCCCAAGGAGAACGAGUACAGCCAGUUUCUCAGCGAGCAUGCGGGCAGCUCCAAUGCUUUCACCAGUGGAGAGCACACAAACUAUUACUUUGACGUGUCCCAUGAGCACUUGCAAGGAGCGCUAGACAGGUACUUGUUGAUGGGAUUGAAUUUUCUUUGUGUCUAAAACUGUACUAAUUUUAAUGCCAAUUCACCAGCGUUUACAUUUUUUCCUGCUGCAUACACUUUUAUUAGAAAUAGAUAUUUACAAGUCUCUUUAAGGCUGCAGUUCACCAGUGAAGACAGAUGUCAUGGCUCUCCUUGGUACUUGUUUAGUGAUCAGUACACAAUGUGCCCCCUGAGAGUCCAGGUGUUAAUCCAAAUGAGCCGCCAGGUCCUUGUCUGGCAGUAUUUGGUUACCAGACCUUGUGUCCUCCAUUGUCCUUUUUCUAAUGAUCAGUAUAAUUUGCACUCCCCCUAUGGCAGGGUGAGACUGAUGUCUCCAGCUCUGCAGGGGGGCUUGACUCACGUGUCGGAUGCGCUGCUUGAGGGCAGGGUCAGGUAGUGUCGGCUUACCUCCUUAUAAAUGAAUGAUGGUCCAGCAGGCACCUGUUUGUAUAUCGCGAGCUGAUUGCUCCCCUGUGCCGGUGAGCUGUGAAGGCCAUCUGGACUGGAGUGGUGGGAAAGGACAGUGUGUAGUGUGAAAUAUUAAUGAUGUUGCCUUUUUAGAAAAGAAAACAAGGACACUGUGUCCAAAAGGAUCAUUUGUGUCCUUAGCAGACCCUAUGAUCUUUAUAACAGACCUCUUGCUGUAGAUGACUAUAGGACAAGAAGAGCUUACAAUCCUGGAAAAUUACAAUCAGGGAAAAAAAUAUUCUUUACAAGCUGUCCUGGUUGUGACUAUAAACUAAUCAGUGCAAGGGCCAUGGUCUGGUUGUGUUGCCAGAUUCAGCCAGAGACACUUUUAGCCCACUCCAUCAGGGGCUGUAUAAAUCAGCUGCAUAAAGCUUCAGCAGCAACUGAGCUGGGGAGUCGCUUGAAGAGCAACCAAUUGUUGCGUUGUCCUCAUUUGCAUGGCAGUUGCUGCUACUUUGCACCCAUGCAAAUUGAUUCUCAUCAAGUUCUAGCUCAUGCUCUCAGUGUGCCCCAGAAACAAACACCCUACAUUCAUCUUAGAACAGCAAAGACGCGAAUAUUUAAAUGUUGUUAUGUAUCCAAACAAGACUUGUUAUUACUCAUCCAAACAAGAAUUCCUUGAUACUCAACUGUACUCUUGAAUGUUUGCCUCACUGUAGGUUUGCCCAGUUCUUUCUGUGCCCUCUGUUUGAUGAGAGCUGUAAAGACCGGGAGGUGAACGCAGUGGACUCUGAACAUGAGAAGAACCUGAUGAAUGACGCCUGGAGGCUGUUUCAGCUUGAGAAGGCGACCGGCAAUCCUGACCAUCCUUUCAGCAAAUUUGGAACAGGUACAAAGUCUGCAGAAGUUGUAAAAAUACACGUCCAUAUGAUACAGUUAGACAAACUGCAGUCUUUAGCUUAUCAAUCUUUUACUAAGGAGACAAUAAAGACAACUUCAGUACUCUUAACUUCACCGGAUAACCACACAAAAGUAUCCUGUACAUGGUUGUUUGUUUCAUUGUCUAUAUUAUGGACCAGUCUGCAUAAAUAUGACUUAUUAGCAUGUGGAAAAUAGACAUAAUCGUUUCUCAUAAUUGUGUCCAAAUAAGUAGAAGAUGAAAGCUUACAUGGCUCGGCAUUGAUGGGUUAUGCUGAUAAAGGCUACAGCUUUCAAAAAGACUGUGGUGUUUUAAAGCCUUAACCCAUUAAAACCACCACAUAUUUUCAACUAUUGCGGCUUUGAUCGGUGACGUUAACAGCUAUUAAACAUAUCCAUCAACAUCGACUGCUGUGACAUUUCCUCAUUGCGAGUGAAAGCAUCUUAAUGCCUGUAAGUAGUUUACUCUCUGUGAAUUCCCAGAUCAGAUUGACAGACUUGGAGCAGCUCCCAGCUCAGAAUAGCCACCUGAUGGCAGUCUUGAAUUUUCUAAUCUUGAUUCCAGUUAAGAGUAGAAGAGGAUCAGCCAGGCCUGAAAGUCGUGAACUCUUAGUGAACCAACAUAAUCUUUUUUAAUCUGUUGAGAUUGUUGUAGCGUUUGUUGCCUUGUUUUCAGUGUCUCAACCACCAGUCCUUGACUUACUCCAGAAGUUUUUAACAUAGCCUGCGGUAGUUUGUGAAAUAUGACUGACAGACAGCUUGUUAAUACAUCUUACACACUCUUGUCACUUAGCCAUCAUACACUGAUUGAAGAACACUCUCUUGUGUUGCAGUGCUGUGAAUAUUUAUGACCAUGCUGAGGUUUACGUUGCAACUGCAGCCGAAAGAGAGAGUCAUUGUUCUAGGUAGUGCAGUGCUUAUUAUUGCUCUAUUGAUAUAUCGAUACACUCUUAAGCUUAUAGUUGUGGAUUUGUUGAUUCUAACUGCUGUUGUAAUAGUAUUUUGCGACUGUGGAGGACAAUUUCCCUUCAUGUAAACUUCUUUUUUCUGUCUGGUACGUGGUGUAAAUGUUUAACCUCUCUUGUUUAAUGCAGGUCUUCUGAUGCCUUCUUUUGUUUAAGGGUUAAAAGGUCUAAAAAUUGCUCAAUCCAAAUCUAGUCUUUUAUUUAGGAGUUUCAGAAGGACUUUAGGGAGAUUAUAUUGAAGAAUUCUGUGUUAUUCUUUUGUAGGUAAUAAACUGACCCUUGAGACCAGACCCUCUAAAGAAGGCAUCGACAUCCGCCAGGAGCUCCUGAAAUUUCACUCUACGUACUACUCCUCUAACCUGAUGGGGCUGUGUGUGUUAGGAAGAGGUAACGUGAUGCUUUGAAUGUCAAAACAACUCGAACAGGUUAAGGCCUUAGACAGUAUGGAUGGAGGAACUUCAUUAUGGCUACUGAAAUGCAAUGUGAGGGAGACUGACAAUAACUUUAGUGACUAAUUUGUGACUGAAUUCUUUCUGAUAUUUGAUACAACAGAUCCUCAGUUUCAAACAGAGGUUAAAAGAGUCAGCCCUCUUAUCUCUAUCCCUCAAAAAUCAUCAGUACUCAGUGAAAUGACAGCUGUUUGCCUCAGAAGUUGUAGAUUGUAAUGUUGGCCAGCCUGCUUAUUAAAUCAGGAGUUUGAUUAGUGCCCUGUCUUUAUUACUUUGUGGUAAUAAUAACCUGGUUUUGUUGUUUCUGAUAGACGAAGGAAGGAGAUACCACCCUCAAGAAUCUUGAAAUGACGAAUCUCUCUUAUGGCUUCAUAGAAAGAAUAGAAAACUUUACUGACCUGCUCAACAGUUUUCAAGACUCUGAUUGGACAAUCACUGUUUAGUGAAAGGUCAAUUGUAGAGGAGCAGUUUGACAGUACAGACGAGAAUACCCAGACCUGAUUUAUGGCUCCUAGCAGGUCUGAACUGUUUUUUAAAUGCUGAAUUUGACACCUUUUUUUGGUUGAGAUUUGACAGGAAUAAAACGUGGGGGCAGUAUUUAAUCCAAGCCUUGCAAAUUCUCAGAACAGGCUACAGAGAAUGUGGUCAACACAUUCAGGGAUUAUUCUAACAUCUGUGCAUCUCGUGUUUUGAUUCUUUACCAGGGUUUAGAGUAGACAGUCAACGUUGUAACGUCAUAUAUAUGUAUGAAAAUACAGAUCAACAUGAUAGGUCUCCUUUAACUUUGAUGUAACUUAGCCUUUUUUUACUGUCAGUAAAAUCUUAUAAAUAUUUUGAAUUCGUUUAACUCAACUUUUUCUCUUUUUGCCCACAGAAUCAUUAGACGAGCUGACCUCGAUGGUGGUGAAGCUGUUCGGAGAAGUAGAGAACAAGAAUGUGCCUGUCCCAGAGUUCCCUGAGCAUCCCUUCCAGGAAGAACACCUCAGAGUUAGCCACUUACUUAUCUCACAAACGUUUCCCACCCUGCAUCCUUAAACAGAAAUAUACGAGCAGUGACUUUAAUUAAAUGAACUUUUUGGUGGCAGUCUUCAGGAACAAGCUAAAGAAACUUUUUUUUCACACUCCUUAUCUAUAAAAAAAGAAUUUCUCUUUGACUUUUCUUAACCAGCAAGCAGCACUAAAGUUUUUCUGUGUGUCGUUUUGUGUGUCGUGUUGCAGCAAUUCUACAAAGUGGUGCCCAUCAAAGACAUCAGGAACCUGUAUGUGACUUUCCCCAUCCCUGACCUACAGAAGUACUACAAAUCUAACCCAGGACAUUAUCUAGGACAUCUGAUUGGUCAUGAAGGGCCAGGAAGUUUGCUAUCAGAGCUCAAAUCUAAAGGUAGCACAGCCGUAAUCAAACACAUCCACACACAGGUGUCUAUUAUUUGACCUUGAUAUUACAAGACAGCUGCAUUUCAAACUCAGUGAAAUUGAUGAUGGUUGUUUCCUAGGCUGGGUGAACACACUUGUGGGAGGGCAAAAAGAAGGAGCUCGAGGAUUCAUGUUCUUCAUCAUCAAUGUGGAUUUGACUGAGGAGGGCUUAUGUAAGUAGUUUAAAACGAUUACACUCAUUUGUUUGCCGUUGACUGAUAUGCUUUUGUGUGUGCGAGGAAAUGAACAAUAAAGCACGCUCACUAAGGCUCUUAUCACUGCAGUGCACGUAGAGGACAUCAUCUUCCACAUGUUUCAGUAUAUCCAGAAGCUGCGCACUGAAGGGCCUCAGGAGUGGGUGUUUGAGGAGUGCAAGGUAAUUAAUGUUGUCUGUUCAGACAGAGGGGAAAGAUAAACCUGACCCACUUAUGUCUGCCCGGUAGAGAAACUAAUAGAGAAACAUAGGCAUUGACAGCAGAGGCGGAUGGGUUCAAACCUGUCAGCUAUUUUCAUCAAUUUUGUCUGCUGUGCUGAAUGUAUGCGUGACAACUAAGGCUGGACCGCAGAAGAUAGACUUUUACAGAGUAGCACAGCAUCUCUAUCUGUACUGAAACAUUCAAUCCCAGGCAGAUGAAUGUGCAGAUUAAUUUUGUGCUCUUUUCCUCUCUAUCAUCCGUGUGACUGUUACGUGUCUCUGCCUGUCUCCAUAGGAUUUGAACAAAGUGGCCUUCCGAUUCAAGGACAAGGAACGACCCCGCGGCUACACAUCCAAAGUGGCUGGUUUACUACACGUAAGUCCCCCCCUUUCCAUCCGCAAAGGUUGUUACCAGGGAGACCCGAUGCAGCUCAUUGCGUCCGUACCUGCUGUCGUCAUCGGGCUGUCUGCUGCUCCCGUUGGCUCUGGAUUUAGAGUGUGGAGAAUCUGCAGAGGGACAAUCAAAAAUAGGCUAGACUUUUAUUUUUAUCACAGCUCCUCGGUGACUAUCAGCACAGCUCACAAACAGAAAAACCUCACAAGAACUUAUGGUCACUGCUGCACCAAUUACAGGAUUCUUUUAGACGUGCUUUGGAUUGUACAUAAUUGUCCUUUCAUCGUGUCAUGCUAUCCUCUCGAGGAGGAGCAGCCUUUGGUAUUUUCUUUAUACACAUAUUUACAGUUGGCUUGUAAAAAUAAAGUAGUUUAUAAGAGAUCAGUGCUCUACCUAUGUGUGUCAUACUGUCAGGGGCAGUUAGAGACAUAUUUCAACCUUGAAAGUAAAUGAACGGAUGAAGUAAUUAGACGCAAAGUCUGUGCCACAUGUGUUUUAUAUCAUAUAUAUAUAUAUCAGUAAGUAGAAUACUGACAGCCUCCUUUUUUGUGUGUUUCAGUACUACCCCAUUGAAGAGGUUCUAGCUGCAGAGUACCUUCUAGAAGACUUCAGGCCAGACCUGAUAGAGAUGGUGCUGGACAAGCUGAGACCAGAACAUGUCAGGUCAGUAUGAGAACUUCAGUCUGCAUUGUGUUUAGAAAUAUUCAUCAAACUUUUAUAUACUUGGUUGCAUCCUUCUUUUCCCCUUGAUAUAAGGUCAAGUAUAUGAUCUUACAAACUCUGAAAAGUAUGUUUAGUUUUGUUCAUUCCUCUUGGGUUGAUCAGGACUAAACUUAAAACGGUUCACAAUGAUUUAAAACUGUGUUUCUGAUACUAACACUAGGAUAAAAGCAAAUCAUUUCCCAGGUGGGAAUUUCUGUAAUUAUGAUGCUACUCAUUUGUGUGAUCUAUAAAUAGGUGAAUGCUCAGCCUCAUAUACGCAUAAGAAUGUUUGUGUUCGUGCUGAUGAAAAACAAAAAUCAUGAUAUUUAAUCGACUUAAUCUGCUCGACAUUCAUACCGGGUAUAUUUUCCAGAUAAUCGUGUGGAGGACAGUGUGUCCUGAUGAUCCAUGCUCCUUUUGCGUGUUAGCUGUGACAGUGUGAUGAGACAUCAUUUCAAGGAGGAAAGCCAGACGCUUUCUCAAACAUGAUUACCUCUGCAGCCUCUGAGCUUCAGUUUAUGUGAUCAGGAAUACAUUAUAAAGUUUUGCAGCUUGAAUUGGAGAUGCCGGUUCCCUCAACGGAUAUUUGCAUAAUAAAAUCAGCCGACAUAAACUGCUUUUGAAACUGACUUAUGUUUGCUCUAUGCUGUGAGAAGAUAUUGGCUGUGGGCAUGAAGCACUUUGACACCUCAGUGGUGAUUUUACUUUGUGUGGUAACUGGGAACCUUUUAAGGACUUGUGAAAGUUCCACUGCUGGGAUCAGGGUCUGAAUGGAGUUUGUAGGAUGUAGUUUUUGUUCCUGCUCUAGAGGUGGUACUUUCUUAAGGUGCAGCAUAUUAAGAUGCAGGUACCAAGGGCAAGUUUUCUGGGAGUCUUAGCUGUGAACAGUUUGUGUGGGUAGAGUCCUUUUGUGAUUUUUGUGUUAUAAUUAGACAUAAGGCAUCAUUGUUGCGUUGCAAACAAGUAAAACAGCUGUGUCAUGUAAGUGGAUAAUCAGCUUGAUCUUCACAGAGCUUCAAACAAUGACACAACUACAGUCAUCUUGACUAAGCGGACCUUUAAAUCCCUUCAGACAGUUUGCUACUUGAAGUAGAAUUCAAAGUUCUUAGUUGUAGGUGGGUGAAAACUUGAUUUUUAAUUGUUUUUUGGCAGCUGUUAUAACAUCAAAUGACGACUUUAGAAAAGUCAUGUCUAUCCAUUUACGCACAUCAAGCUUUUAAAAGUUUUUCAUUGAUGGAUAACCUCUUGUGUGACUUAAUAAACUCCUAAAAGAGAGCGAAAUCUUGGCGCUCCACUCCGAGCCUUAGUUUUGCCUUGUGUAGCUCUAACACAGCUUUUAUUUGAAACUACAUAUGUCAAGAAAGGUGCAGAUUUGUAACUGGUCUGUUCCUUAAUGCCUACCAUAGAGGAGAUUGCAUGCACUCAUUGGCUGACCCUGACUGUUUCAGUGCCAGUGUCCUCCUCUGCUGAAGUGGGUGUUUAACCUUGAAGCCUCUGCCAACGCUGCUUUGAAUUCAUGACGGUGUUUCAGUGCGUGUCGGUCUCUUUUCAGCUGCCGUGAAUGAAGUUACUGAGAGUGAGGUUGCAUCAUGACAGUGCCAGUGUGUGUUAUUUGUGUUACUUUUGUAUUAUUUUUAUUUUGCGUAAAAGAUACGUCACCGCUCCUUCAUAGCACUCCUCUUCCUUUAUUUGUCAUCUUUCUUUUUACGUCCACAAUAGAUGGUUACAUGUUGUCAUUUCUAGGAGGGAUAAUUGACGUAGUCUGUAUAUGUAACACUUAAUGCAUGGAGGUGUAAUGGCAGAGCAAAGCCAUUCAGCCUCUGAUCCUUCCUCAGAGGUAGCAACAAAGGUGGAAUGGGCAGAAAAACGGCAGAUGAGUCGUGACAGUGCCUGGGUCUGCAGUGACAUAAUGCAGUGUUUAAUUACACACUGGGACACCGAUGUGAUGCCAUUAAGUACAAAGGUGUGGUGAUGGUGGAGCUGUGUCACAGUGUCCCAGUAUGUAAGAGCCUCCUGUUUUUUACUUCAGACUUUGUUUCAUAUUUGUCUGUUUUCUCUUCUAUUUAUAUCCUCUCGAGUUUACUGCUCCUGCUCCUAUUACUGGGCUUAAUUUAUUUGUGCAGCAAAAAAACUCCCAAAUACCAUCCAUCUGCUAAAUGAAUAAUUGUUCUCCAGGUAACAGGAGGUACUGUUUUUUUUUUUUUUUUUGCAACUAUCUCACAGUAAGAAAUACUUUCAUUAUAAUCCCACAUAUUAUCUGUGCGUCCAAAAUAACGUAUUACUUUUUCCUCAGUUUUCUAAAACUAUUUCUAUUGAACUGAAGCAGCCUGAGCUCCCCCCAUAGCCUGACCGCAGUAUAGGUCAAGACCCCAAAAUUCUAAUACACACCAAAUAUUAAUAUUUAUCAUAAUACCAAAUCAGGAUUUCUGUCAUUUGUUAACUCAAGAGCUCAUUUUCUGAGAAUGUUUGUUUAAUAAGAUAUUUUAAUGUGAAAAGAGAAAAUGGAUUGGCAGCUGUGAUGACAAAUUUCGGCUCUUUCACUGCAGUAUUCUCUAAUGUGUGAAACAGAGUAGAGUAAGAACAAAACUACACUCUUAACUGUUCUAUUACCAGCACAAGAAUUUGUUCUGUUGUUGGACUGUAGUAACCUAAAGGUUUUUGAGAUUUCAUUGGGGAGUUUAAUGAGUGUUUUAGUUCGUGGAAAGGGAAACAUCAGUAAACAUGUUGGCACCUAUUGAGUCAGCCCAUUGUCUGUCCUACAUCCAGUCAGUGAUGUUGACCAAGAUAAAUGACUCCAAAGGAAAUUGGGGGUUUGGCUUUUUGCCGUAAAAAAUGAAAAAGCUACUAUUACUCAUUUGUGAAGUGUGGAGGUACCAGUUCAGUGUUCUCUAAAUGCAGCUCCCUGAUAGUGUUCGGCUCAUCAAACAUGUCAGUGGAUUUCCUUUUCCUUAAAUAUGAUCCUGAUGCUGCACUAAUAAAAAGGCAUGCACAUAUCAUAGAGUAUCUUGUUCAUUCUGACGUGUAAUCUGACCCUGCUUUUUUUCCCCUAUUUCCAGAGUUGCAGUGGUGUCAAAAUCAUUUGAAGGGCAAACGGACAAGACAGAGGAGUGGUACGGCACGCAGUACAAACAGGAGGCCAUCUCCGAAGAGACCCUUCAGGUGAGUCACUGCUGUCACAGUGCUCCUGUCAUUUCAACAAAAAUAUAGUCUGAGUUUCUUCUGCUUCUUCGAAGAGAUUGUGCGACCACUUCUUUCUGUUGUCUGUGUUUUAGAAAUGGGCAAGUGCGGACCUCAACGGGAAGUUCAAAUUACCCAUGAGAAAUGAGUUCAUCCCCACUAACUUUGAGAUCUACCCUCUUGAGAAAGACUCUCCAUCAGUCCCCGCUUUAAUCAAGGCAAGUGUUGGUGCUGAAGAGCUCUGUGAUCAGCAUACCGUGUCCUUCAUAACCUCACUGCUUAACUGCAUAUCGUUAAAAAAUCUCAGUCCUGCUUUCAUAUGUUAAUAAGGUAAUUGUGACUGAAACAUAAAGGUUUCGGUUUUGUUUUUGCCAUCAUGUUAGGAUCAGAGAAUAGAAGCUUUUAAUAACAGCACAUAUAUCUCGUUCCCUGAAGGAAGGACUGAAUAGACGACACUGUGCUUUUUUUGUUUUUAAUUAGAGACCUAAUCCAAAGAAACAAAAGCCUCUGCUUUGGCUUAGAUUUCCAGGGACUGCAGACGAUUAUCUUUAAACAGAAUGGACUCUUAUAAUUAUGAAAAUGAAAUCCCCCUCUCUGUGUGUGUGUGUGUGUGUUUUUCUAGGACACUGCAAUGAGUAAGGUGUGGUUCAAACAGGACGACAAGUUUUUCCUGCCAAAGGCAUGCCUGAACUUUGAGUUCUUCAGGUGAGUCACUCAGAUUUGAGCGUUUGGACACUCAUUGUAACCUUGUCAGUUUACCCCCAGCUGAGUGCUCAGAGCUCAUUAGCUCUCAGAUUUUCUUUAAUUCAAAACGCUACCUAGAGGUAAUAUUACUGGUAAAGUUUUUAAGCUUUUGGUAAUUGUUUGAGGCCAUGUCAAUAAUCCCCCUGGCUGUUUUACAUAAACAAAACAAUUAAAAGUUUCACAGUAGCUGGAGGAAAUAUUAACUGCAGCUUAACUUUACAACACUGAAAGCAAUUAAGACCUAGUCAGAAAAGAUUAUGGUUCUCCCCUCGCUGCUCUGCCUCUAAGGAGAAAAAUAAAGGUUUGUUUAAUAUUUUGUUGUUUUCAUAUCUUUAACCAGAAUGGAAAAUAGGCGUGGAAGUGUGUAAUUGCUGGCUUAGCUGUCAGUGCUUUUUAAUUUUGUUUUAAAUCAAAUAAAUGGAUAUUGCAGCCUAAUGUGAAAAGACAACUUAGUGGUAGGUGUCAGCAUGUAUAUCAAGCAGCCUUUCACUGCAAAUCCUCACUUUAUAUUAGACACUUGACUUUUUAAAGGAAGUAGAGUGAACUUACUGUCAGGAAACACGACGAGCACGUUCAGGUUAAGAUAAGAGACAUCACUAGGUCUAAAGUGGAUCUGAAAUCAACACAAACUGUUCUGGACAAUAGUCUCAGGGUUCCCACACAGUUGGAAUUUCCAUACUUUUCCAUAUCUGAAUUUUUAGAAUUAUUUUUGGAAAACCUAUUUUUCUAUUUUAGAAAACUUUGAUAAUAGUCUGGAAACAUAAAUAUUCCUCCAAAAUUUAUUUUUUAUUUUCCAUACUUUUUAAGAACCCUGUAGUCUAUCAUGGUAAAUGGCAGUAAUAAUCUCAUGUUUGAGAUCCUGAAUUUGGGUUUUCAUGAGUUUUGUAAGUUACAUUCAUCAAAAUGAAAAGAAAUAAAUCAACUUUAUAAGUUGCACCUGUAAUUUCACUCACAAUCAAAAAUUGUUUUCCUGACAGAGGCCUCAAAUAAAGUGAGAUGUUCUGGUUCUGUUUGUUUUGCCUGUAGUCAACAGUUGUCUCACUGAGAUGGUAUUUAGACAGUAUUCUGUCAAUUAAAACUGUAGUUGUUUGAUGGUAACAAGUAAAACAAACCUGCUUGGCCAUGCUCCUAACAUAAUAAGUUGUAGAUUAACUUUGUUGUAUUACUUUUGUCUCUGUGAGAAAGUAUAGAGACCGACGUCUCUGUGAUGUUUGACCACUGCCAUUUUCUCUGCAGCCCUUUUGCUUAUGUGGACCCAUUGCAUUGUAACAUGGCAUAUUUAUACCUGGAGCUCCUCAAGGACUCCCUCAACGAGUAUGCAUAUGCAGCCGAGCUAGCUGGCUUGAACUAUGACCUCCAAAAUACCGUCUAUGGGAUGUAUGUAAGUAUCCAAAAUCCCUCCCCUGUUGCCCUCAUGCUGCAUCCCAGUCAGACCUUAUAGUGCCAACCUUUAUCAUCCUCAGACAGGACUGCUGAGACUAAGCCAGGCCUGGGCUGACAAGUGACUAUGAGCCAUCUGUAGUACCAGACUUAAAGACGCAGCUGUAGUCUUUUGCUCAUGUUCAGAAAAUGCAAAGUGGAUUGUUCUAGAUUUAUUUUUUUAUGUUUAUGAACAAAACAAAACAAAAAAAAAACAUAAAGAAGAAACUCUGACCCAGACCUGGCCUGUCCAGCCUCUGUUCUGUCUGAAUCUUCCUCCUCAUUUUUCAUCAACCUUUUUUCUGUUUCGCUCACCCACCGCCCUGCAAAACCUUUCCUGCCACUCAGGAGGUGUUUUAUUUUUUUCACAUUCUCAAGCAGACCAAACCAUUGCCAUGUCUGUCUUGCCCACCUGUAGCUAUCAAAGGUGAGGUGACUUGGAGUUAACAAUUUAAAGGGUCAUCUAGCUGUGUUGACCGUGUUUACGUGAAAGAAAGCUGGUCAGGAGGCUGCAUAUACAUACUCUUCUUAACGUUCUUCUUAUUCCUGUGUUGUCUGUUUAUUUUUCUUCCAUUUUUCCCAACAAACAUGUAUUUUUGUUUUUGUUCUUUUUUUUUUCCUCCCAUCAGUCGCUACCUAUACGCAGACCCCCUGCACUGCAACAUGACCUACUUGUUGCUCAGAUUACUGAAGGAUGAUUUAAAAGAGUAUACAUAUGCAGCCCGCCUGGCCGGGCUGGUGUAUGGCGUAGCCUCGGGGAUGAAUGCCAUCCUCGUAAGUAAGCCGUGUGGAGUGUGAGGGGAAGCGGGCCUGCUGAUACAGGGUAGACUUUGAAGCUGUGACAGUGUGUGAAAAUGGCAAAGUUUUUCCUCUGUGCCCUUACUGAUAAUGUAAAGUGCUGCGUUUCAGCAGUUAGUCUUAUGUAUAGGAAUUUCUGCUUGCUUGUUUUUCUAGCAAACAUUUUGAUAAUGUGUUUUUGGACCUAUGGUUUAAACAGUGGUUCUCAAGUCCGGCUCCAACACACCUGAUUCAAAUGAUCAGCUCGUUAUCAAGCUCUGUAAUGGCUUACUAACGAACUAAUCAUUUGAACCAGGUGUGUUAGCCAUUCCAGAGCUUGAUAACGAGCUGAUCAUUUGAAUCAGGUGUGUUGGAGCAGGGAAACAUCCAAAACGUGCAGGACAGUGGGCCUCGAGGACUGGACUUGAGAACCACUGGUUUAAAAGAUUUACCAUAAGGAACACCCAGUUAGGCUUCACUUAGCUCAUGAAUACAUUAUUGUCAAUCACUUGAAUGCAUGUGUGUCUGCACAGUUAAGCUACCUGAAAGUGAAACUGCUUUGCGGUGGUGGUGGUGGUGUUUUUUUUCUUUCCUCUGACCUUUCAAGCUUCCUAACUUCUGCACUAAAACUCUGCAUCCUUUGUGAUAUGAUCCAGUAACCUGCCUUCAUUAGCUGCUCCUUCACGGUGUCUUCAUGAUUAAAAAAGAUAUUCAUCACGCUGUCUGUGUAGCCGCCUGCUGCGCUGUAUGUAAUGGACACGAGUCAGCAUUGUGUGUACGUCAAGGUUAAUCAUGUUAGGAGAGUUUUUAGCACAGGGAGUGGGGAGGACCGGGAUGUGUGCGGGGCUGUUGCCAUGUUAGCUGGAGGUUCUGCUGAAUCAUGAAGGGCGUAUAGUGUGGAUGACUCUGCAAAAUGGAGGCUUUAAAUAACCUUGGCUGUUCUUUUCCACUUUGAAAAACAGUCAUUUGCAUCACCCUUAUCAUCAUCAGAUACUCAGAACUGCUGUGACUCUCAGGGAGACUACAUUGAAAUCUGUUUUCACUACAGGAAAUGAGUGAUGUGUCCUCUUAUGGAUUAGCUAUUUUCACCCUGUAGUCAAUUCUUCAUUUUUACUCCUUUUUAUAUGUUGAAGGAAAAACCUCAUCUUUUAAAAGUUUGUUUGCUUUUUCAUGGAAGCAAGAAAUGUGGUACACUUAUACUAUUAGGGUCUAAACAUUUUUAAAAAUAGAUUUAUUCCAGCUGUGUCUUUGGUGGCCAUUUAGUUUUUGUCACACAACCAAAUUAUGUGUUUUACUCAUAGUGCUUAAACCUUCUUUUAAACAUUAGCUGGUAAGCAAGUUCUGUCAGUCACAACCAUAUACUCUUGGCAGUUAUAGGGUUAAUAAAAAGGAUUUAGCUUUUGCAGCACGGGCUCAACAUGUUUGCAACAGGAUUGAUACAAUGAAAUCUGAGCUCAUGAUACCGUGAUGUCCCUGCAAUGUCACAAAGUCCAUCUCUGCCUGGAAAAGAAGAGACAAACAGACAAUACUAAAGCUCAAAAGUUUGAAUUGUGCUCGAGUGAGCUGCAGUGCUUCACAUUAGAGUGUUGAAGUUUCUGUUAAAAGUGAAAUGUAGUGUAACUGAUAAUUUUUGAAGUUCCCAGCUCUAAAAACCCCGUAGAUCAUUAAAAGUGAGAAAGUCAGUAGUAGUAUCCAGCCACUAAAUGUGUCUGCUGAUGCUCUGUUUGUGCAGAUGAAAGAAAUAAAUACCAGAGAUUUCAGAAACUUGCACAGAAGUAUAAAUAUUUAAUGCAGCACAUCUGAACAAGAGAAGCUUGAUUUCACAACACAAGAGCUUCUCUGGUUUUUAUUUCAAUAAUUCUAGACUUAAACUAUGAAUGGCAGGGAGGUGGUGCUCCAGAUCAUUGCUGAAAGAGCUACCUUAAGUUUUUCAUGCCACCAGAUGUCACUGUACUUGAUGAGUUCAAAGCUUCAAAACUUGAAAUCUUCUUGGUACAAAUGGAAAAGAAAUCCCUGAGCCUUAUAAGGCUUCUCCACGUUUCACUAUUUCACAGUUUACUAACUUAUUUAUGCUAUCAUUUUGAUUGAUAUCAACAUUUUUAUUAUAUAUUUAGUUAGUAAUAAUGAGAGUGCUUAUGGCCAUAAACACUCUGAAAAAACACAGACAUUUGCUUCUCAGAGCCCCGUUUUAAUAUAGAGUAAAUGAUCUGUAAACAUCUUACUGUUGUGAUGCCUUCAAUUAAACAAGUGUCUAUUUUAUAUUAGACUAAAAAGCCCUUCAUAGACCUGAAUUUAGUUAUUCUUGUGUUUUAUUUUCAUGCACACACACAAAUGCUUUAAAGAAAAAAAGAUGGUCACUUGAAUUAGCUUUAAAAAACAUAGAAAAAAACAUAAGAAUUUAUUGGCAGAAAUGUUUAAGCACCCUGGGAGAAGGUAAAAGGACUGACUAUAUUUUCAACAUUUAAAAAAUAAAUUGCAUUUAUAUUUGCUCUAUUUUAAAACAUUGUCAGUGCCCCAAAUGUUCCAUGUGUACCACUUUUCCUCUUCUCUGAAAAGGUGAGGAUUUUGCCAUACAUUUGGUAUAUAUCACCUGUCAGACAGACAUGUCUUAGCUUUCAUUUGGUCAUACUUGGAAACAUUAUAAAAAAUGUCCUAACCUUUAAAUGAGCAAAUGAAACUGUAGUGUGAGAUAUGAACCGCUGAUCCCCGUCUGAUCUGUCUGUCUGUUUGUUUGUUUGUUGGUGACGUUCCUCCUGUCCUCUGUCGCUGUCUGCUGCAGCUGUCUGUUAAAGGUUACAAUGACAAACAGCACAUCCUGCUGAAGAAGAUCAUCGAGAAGAUGGCCACCUUUGAGAUCGAUGAGAAGCGCUUUGACAUCAUCAAAGAGGCGGUAAGCCCUGACCGCGACUCCAUCAUCGCCUAUAAAGUCAUAAUGAGUCACGAAUCCAUCAAGGGAUGACUUUUAAGUUUAUUGAACAGCUAACCUUUACACCUGGGUGUUCAUAUCUUAUUUUACUUUGCCACACAACAAACAAGAAAGUGAAGAGCAGUAGAUGUAGCAUCACACUGGACAGUUUUCCUUGACAUUCAGGUCAUUAAGUGCUGAUCUCCUCCUUUUCUCUGCAGUACAUGAGGUCUUUGAAUAACUUCAGAGCCGAGCAGCCUCACCAGCACGCCAUGUACUACCUCCGCCUACUGAUGACAGAGGUUGCUUGGACCAAAGAUGAGCUCAGAGAGGCUCUGGAUGGUGAGAUGCAGCCUUUAGAUCACCCUUUUUCCUUUUUUGUUUUAACCGCUGUCUCAAAGUCCCAGCUCCGGUGCUCAGUUGGCCCUUCACUACUGGGGGCCAAACCGAGCUUCCUGAAACAAAGACAUGCAAGAGCUUCAUCAGGGAAUGAACGGAGCAUGUGAACUUGAGCUUUAUAGUGUAGUGGUAGGCACAGAGUCAGGUGAUAUCAGAUGAUCGAGGUUAUGGUUAUUCAUGCCAGGGCUGUCAACGAAUAUUCUAAAUUCGAAUAUAUAUUCCAAUAUAAAAAAAAAACAACAACAUUCAAAUGUGAAAAUUACUAAUCGAAUAUUAAAUAAAAAGCAGGAAAAAAAACUGGGAGUGAGAAAAAUGAAGAAAAAUAAACAGCAGCUGCUUUGCGAGUGAGCGCACUGUAACGAUGAGUCAGGGACAGGUCACAGGAGCUGCAGUGAGACUCAACUCAACUCAACUUUAUUUGUAAAGCACUUUAAAACAACCACAGCUGAACAAAGUGCUGUACAUAAAUAGACAAAACAACGCAGACAUAAAAAGCAAUGAUAACAAUGGAUAAAAUAAAAGCAGAUAUUAAAAAGUAAAAUAUAGUUUCAAUGUUUUAAAAAACUAAUUUAAAAACAAUAGAAACAAAUAACUAAAAACAAAACAUAAAACACUAAAACAGGAGCCGAGUCUCAUGCAGGGUUGAAAGCCAAUGGAUAAAAUAACAGUUAAGAACCGUCCUAGGCACAUGCAGAGAGAGAUGGAGGGAUGUUCAGAGCCAAACUCGGAGAGAGUGGUCUGGACUCCAACGAAUUUUAGAAGCUGUGUUUGGAAAUUUUUCAGAUUUUGGGCAGACAUGGUAUACAGAAUGCUGAGCGAGAUAAAGUUAAGCUGUGUUAGCUAGAAUUAGCUCAUCAUCCACUGAAUGAAGCCUGUCUAUACGGACAAGAGUUGGGGGGCUUUAAUGGCUUGCACAAGUUAGAGGUGUGCAAACCUAUGUGUUAUUUUUAGAGCGAAUAUUCAAACAUCAUUUUGGAGCAAUUUUGACAGCCCUAAUUCAUGCUGUGUUGAUUAAAUUUAGUUCUAUCAUAAUAAAUAUUAAAAAAGAAGCAGAUAAAGAUUCUUUUCGUUUUUAUUCUUUCCAAAAUUUAAAAUGAAGACGAAUCAUCUGCAGAGAUAUCUAUCCUCCCUUCCAGAACAAAUGUACAGUUAUAAAAACUUCAGAUUAAUGUUCUCUCAUUACACUUUGGCAGAUACACAAUGUCAUGUAAGGAGGCUAAUAGUCAGGCUGUCUCCAUGAUGAAUAUAAUUUAACUCAUGUUACCGUUUUUCAGAUUCACCUUUUGACAUGAGUUCAGUAUAGUUGACGUUUGGACCCUUGGGUUUCUCCUAAAAAAGAAAUCUACUUUCUCUUCGUGUAGCCUGUACCAUACUGUGCAGAGGAGAAUGAAGCCUCAGUUGGUUUUUAGCCGACUUAACAAGCUGAUUGGUUCCACGGACUGCUCUGUCCACCCAGAUCAAGAAAAAUGUCUGAGGUUUAUCACUGUGAUCAACAUUGUUAUCAGCUGCUGUGUUGGCAGUAUUGGCUGUGAUCAAGACAAACUCUUCCUCAGACUUUGAUUGAGUGAGUUAAACUUUGGCUCUGUGUUGAGCUGUGAAAUGUUGCGAUAUUUUUUAUCUGAAGGAAGAAACAUAACAAGGAUGACAGUAUUUUACAGUUCCAAACCCAACUUUUAGAAGUUUUUUCGGAGUUUGGCUGACACAGUUGAUAGAUGGCUGAUCUUUUCUUCACUUGUGUUUUUCUCCUUAUUUGAAUGCUGAGGCCGUUCUCCCCCUCUGGCUGCAGUCUUUCCUCUCACCGCAGUGCCAGUCUGGAACCUGAAGGGCAGAUAGUUGUAUUUUUACCGCAGCGCUUACACCGACUAUCCUCAGGUUCACAUGAGACUCAAUUAACCUGAAGAGUAAAAGCCUUUAGCCAGGUCACCAGGGCCUCCAAUUACCACGGCUGCUCCCUUAUCGGUGUCCUCACCCCCCUGCUGUCCCCUGUCUGGGCUCCACCGCACAAUUUUGUCUCAGAGUGUGUAUGUGUGUGUGGUGUGUGUUGUUGGCACUGUGGACAAACAAUCAUUUAUAUAAAGUGAGUGUGUGUCCCUGUAGUAGCUCAUCCUUGAAUCUGGGUCAGACGUUGCUUGAAUUCAGAUUGGCCAGCCCACGUUAAGACAGACUGGAUUUUUGUGUUACUGAAUGUGAGAGUGUGUGUUUGACCAGGCUGGUGUUAGUGCUGGGUAAUAAAAUGUCCUGAAAAAGGGACUAAAAUAGGUAGGUGUAACAAAGUAAAAGCCCUCUGCAGAAGAAAAUUAUGAAGUGGGAAGUACAAAGAAGGUAAAAUUCAACUUUUGUUGUCCUUUUAAAGAAGGGGAGAUUGUUGAUGAUCCACAAUAAGUAACAUGAAGUUCAGUAUAUAUUGUUAUGAGCUGCAGCUUCAGUGGUCUGUGUUCAACAGACGGCAUAAGAGAAACAGGAUUUCAUCACCAGGAUCAUUUUUUUGUAGAAGAUCUCUCUGUAUAAUUCAGUUACACUCAAAACAAAUACUUUUGUUUUUUUAUGUGGGGUUGCAUGAGCUGCUUCUCAAUAGUUUAUGAAGGUCAUUCAUCUGUUCAUUUCUUCUUAUUUUGACGUAAUGAACAAAUGGAUCACUCUCUCUUUACUAUGAAUCUGUGGAUCAGUCAUCCCUGUGCUGUUUCAAACUAAAAAUGACAGAGCUUUUAUGGUGGAUGCUGUGAAACAGUCCACUCUGGCUUUGGCCUGACUUAAAAUACCUGAUUAGCAUAUCCUGACAUUUUUGUUCCCUUGUAUACUGUGUUAGCUUGUGUUAUUUAUGGUAUUAUUAAUAUUUCUUUCUUAAAACUGGUUGCCUUGAGUUUAAAGUAAAUCAAGCAAAGUCCAAACAAUGCUGGUGUGGAAAAUUGUCUCUGCUGCAGGAUGGAAUUAGCAGUAUUCACCAUAGCAACAGAUGUGCUGAUGUGCUCCUUCCUUAGGCUCUGUGAGCUUCCGAAGACACACAAAAACAGACCACUGAAAGAGCUAUUUCAGUUGCGACAUUGUGCUGGUGUUUUGGAUGGACUUUAUAAAAAUUUAAACAUUGGUACAAGUGGUCCUUCUGCAACUGUGUGUACCUCCGCAUUUCCUGUGGGUGAUCCACUUACUGUUGACAAGAACGUCAUAUUGCCCCACUGAAAAAAAUAUCUCGUUAAAAAACUUGUGCACAAUGAAAACCAAAUGGAAAUCUUCCUGAAAAAGGUGAAGUUUUGGCAGCUCAGUUCGCAGCCCCUGAGGACAUGCUGUGUCUGCAGCAGAGCUGCAGGGAGAGCUUGGCCUGAUAAAAAGACAUCAUUUCCUUUCUUUCUCUGUCAUCUCUGGGAUACUCUUCAAGCUGGCAGCUUUAUCAGAUUAUAUAAACUUUGAUGAAUACAGGUGUUGAUCAAUGUAGUCAAAGUAUAGAAACCAUGUGUUUUUCCAUACGGACGAGCGUAGGAUUGCUUCUCCAUGUCAAAUGUGUGGCCGCUGAAGAACUGUACAAUAAAACAUACUGACACGGAAACGCACACAGCAGAUAUUUGUCUUUCUCCUGAUUAAGUCGUCAGCUCGGGAAGAUUGCAGUUUGACUGAUUGCUGUUUUGUGUGCAAUCUAUUUUCCAGAUGUAACUCUCCCACGCCUGAAAGCCUUCAUACCUCAGCUGUUGUCACGGUUACAUAUUGAAGCCCUUCUCCAUGGCAACAUCCCCAAAGAGGUACGUCAAAGUUUUUUUUUUUCUUUUCUGUGGGAACUCUGUAAUCCUCUGCAUCUUUGCCUCACCCAACAUAACUACUUUACAUACAUGUAAAGUACCUUCUAUACACACAACAACAAUACAGCAGAAAAUACAGCAGGUUCAACAACACUACAACCACAUAAGGAAUAAAGAAUGGGAAGAGUCAACAGCAUCUCAAAGCACUACAGCAAUAAAUGAUAUUUUACAUGUAUAUGUGUAAGUAUUGAAUAUUAGGGCCCGACCGAUAUGGAUUUUGUGGGGCAGAUGCAGAUACUCAUUUCCAGUCAGGUCUCAUCUGGAGACAUGCAGCUGCCUCAGUAAGAGAAGUAGCUCGAUCACAUAAUGUGUACGGUUGUUUAUUCUGCCGUUACUGGCACGGCUAACAGUGUAGCAAGGCUAAUAGCAGGUGGUGCUUGACCGUUAACUCGGUAUGACCGAGACCAGCACAGCGGGGAACAUCGUGAAGUGAGUUAAACUGAAACUUGUUGACUUAUUGUGUAUUUUUCAAAUGGAUUUAUUUACCGUUGAGGCGGACCACUCUUCUCCGUGCGUCCCUGCUGCUGCCUGUUUCAUAUCCGUCACUCUGCUGUGCUGUGAGGUAGUUAGUAGAUGAAGAUUGCCAUGAGGUCGCUGCGCCAUCUACUGGAUAAGUUGGGGAACUUUUCAAAUGGUGGAACAUUUUCCAAGUGAAACUGAAUCUUAUUCUCUGCAAAAUGUCAGCGACAAUCGGCGAGUUUUGGCCGAUUACAAAUUAGUCUGUAAAAUUGGCCGAUUGAAUUGUCUCGCCGAUAAAUCAGUCGGGCCCUAAUACAUAUACAUACUUUUCAAUCGAUGUCCUCACAUCGUAACUUGUUUUUGAAACUAAAAUGAUUACUAUGUCGAGCAGUAUAAUCUUAACAGCAUCUGUCCAAGGCUGGUUGGUUGUGUUUGUUUAUUAGUCUAUACACACGGAUAUGCUACCUGGGCUUCUUGUAAUGUGUAAAUGUUUUUUUCAGUGCACAUGUGCAGAACUCUGUCCUAAUCGGCUUGAUCCCAUUCAGUAAAUGUGUGUGGGCUCACAGGAUGUGUUUUGACUACCUUUUGCAAAAUGAAUGAUAUUCUCAUUAUUGUCAUUUCACACGCUGAAACAAGUCAUCCUAAAUUGUCUUGCGCACCCUUAAGUAUGAGCGUUUAGAUCAUUCUGAACACUUGCACAAUGUACAGCUGCCUAUAACAGAGCUCAGUAUGACUCUAUAAUGAGCACCAGUCAUCUCCACUCUUGCUGCAGACAUACCUUUCUGACUUACAGGACACUUGUAAUGUCUUUUUAAACUGAGGCAGGCAGAUGAAGAGAGUGCUAAGGCUGACACCUGCGUACUUUUGAACUCCGAGUUUUUUUAUGUGCCCUGUUUAAGCCCCUUUCUCACUGAUUAUUGAACUCACUUUUACUCUCAAACCUUUGAAUCACCUUCAGCAUUUUAUCUGGCCUUCCAGUGGUAUCACAGAGGAUUAGUUUCAAACCUCCUAUAAAGUCACAGUUUGCGUGAGGUUGGCGUCACAGUCUGGUGGAGAGAGAGAAUAAGGCUUUGUGCAGACUGCAGGCAAAUGGGAUUUAUUUUCCAAAUCAGAUCUCUAUGAUAGACUGUCCUCACUUUCAUAUUGAAGUGAUCUGAUCGGAUUUGUGUGUCCUGACAUCAACCUAUCUGUGUCGAUAGCAGGCAUCUGUUACUGUGUAGGCUGACACUGUUUCAUAGGACUACUAAUACUGUUGGAUUAACCGUAUGCUGUGUUUGUUUUCAAGGAACACUUUUUAAUUUUCAGUCAAGUUGUCGUGUUGAUUUAAAUCAUAUUACAGUUGACCCGCUGUGAUUGAAUUCACAGCAGGUAGUAAGGUAAAAAGUUAGGAGUGUUACAUACUGUGUCCUACUUUGGUUGUAUUCAAAAGGUGUUAAGAGAGAGUGAGAGGUAAGUUCAUAUAGAGAAAGGCCAGAUGAUCUGCAGCCUUCCACACAGGACUCUCUUAAAGUAAAGUGACCAUACCUGCAAAAAGCAGAAAUAUAAGAUUCUGACAUCUACUGAAAUUUUGCCAGGAUUGUAAAUCUAAAUCUGUAAAGCUAUUUUAGUGCAGAAGUGAGAUUUUCAAGGAUAGUUUCACGAAACUUCAUCACUGAAUCAUUUAGUCAGACUUUAAGACCACACUCUGACACAAAGCAAGAAAAAAAAUCCUUUUUAAAGUCGUCAUCUCAUUCUCAUUCCCCAUUUGAAGUACACUUGUGUCUCCAUUUCAGUCACACCGUGUUUUCUGCCUCGUCCAAGUCUUCUGCUCUUUCCUGCCCAGUUGCUCUGAUGCAAGUCUGUCACCGAGGAACAAUGUCGUCCUUGUGUGUCCCGAUCUGAGUGACGCAAAGUACACCUCAAAAUGUGAGGCUCGGUUAUGCCUAGAAGAUAGAUUUAGUUUGAAAGUCAGAAAAAGCCUGGGGCUGACCGGUGGGAACAACGCUUCACUUUAUCAAUGUCAAACCGGAGUGUGGUCCAGCUCCUGUAAUGUCGGGGAAACAACUUACUGACCAUCUGGUGUUUAAGAAAAGGCUUUGCAGGUUUUAGUUUUUGCCAAGGAUGAGGAAAUCUUUGAGCCACGGUUAUACAAGUUACUGAUGAGAUCUUGAUAAUUUGCACCAGGUAGUUUAACCCACAGUGCCAAGUGUUUUUCCCCACACAGGCAGCAGAAAGCACCCUUCAGGGGUCACUCACCAAACCAUUGAGAAGAUUACUUUUUCUUCCAUUUGCUUUUGUUUACUUUGCACUGGAAGCCAAACUUCACCUGCUGCACCGUUACUUUUAAUUUAUAUUCAAUUCCCUACUCACUCAGUGUGUCUCUCGGUAUCUUGCCACUAACAGAAUAUCACUCAAUCAGUACGUGUUAUCUCUUAAUUGGCCAUGUUGUGCUGGAUAGUACUCAUGCAGAUGCUCCAACCUCUUAGCAGCAGGUUUGCAGAUGGGUGUUCUGGCCUCUUGAAUAACUCCUUGAUCAGGACCUCCAGUCAGGACAACAUUAAUUCUUGUCACGUAGAGCUCAUAGAUCAGUGCUGCUUGUCUGGAGAGGUCUUAGAAAUCACCAGCUCAGUAAAGAACAGCCAGAGAGGAAGUGUGAAAACAGAUUUUUAUGUAAGCUGGAAACCAAACCCAAAAAAGUGCAUCAUCUCACUGUGAGCAAAAUCGAUCUUUUAAAAUCGGGUUUGUUUGUGGAUUAAAAUGGUCUUCUCUCCUUCAGUCUGCUCUUGGUAUGAUGCAAAUGGUGGAGGACACGCUCAUUGAGCACGCUCACACGAAGCCCCUCCUCCCGAGCCAGCUGAUUCGCUACAGGGAGGUGCAGAUUCCAGACGGUAAGUGUACUCGUCCCACACGGCUGAAACAAACACACACACCCACGCAGAAACACACACUGAUCAAGCACACAUUGUAUGCCAGUCAUGCCUGUCUCUCCUGUGACCACGCUGAAGAGUCCUUCCCCCCCCCCCCACGCUCCUCGUCAUCAGUGAUGCUGCAUUGCGUCUGUGAAGACUUGAUUAAAUUGAGCACCCCUCAUUUCCCUGAGAGGAACAUCACAGUCACUGAGCCGAGAUGGACGUCAUCGGGCUCAUUACACACACACACUCUCUAAACUCAGACAUGGUGACACACACGCCAAGUAAAGCACCUGUGCCACGUCUCCUGAUUUGAUUAGGUGAGUGAAGUGGAAAGGCAAAGCAGAGCUACGCAGGGACACCGGGAGACUUCCUGAGUCUCUCACUCAGGGGUUUUUCCAGGCCGAGCUCCAGACGGCCAGUCAGACACAGAGCAGGAACACAGGAGGACAGAGAGGAUGUAAACACAAAGACUGCUCUUGGAGUGACUGACUUACGGAAAGAAGUCAUUAAUCUUGCAGCAUCAUGUUCACAUUAUUCUUUGUGAAGGCCAUGCUGUGAUCCAAAAGCAGUCAAAAAGAUCACUGGCUCACUUUAAGCUUAAAAAUGCAGAGGUUUAUUUAGCAAAGCCCAGAUCAAAUUAAUCUAUAAUAGUCGAGCCUUUGUUCUCUGAGCAGAAAAAGAUAUCUUUUCUGUCAUCUGGAUGUAGAUUUACUCAUGAUGUAUAUAAAGAUAUGUGUGUGUAGUAUAAAAUGUGGAAAAUCUUGCAGCUGGUUGCAUAAUCUUGAAUAAAUUGAUCCUAGUCUGGUAGUCAAAAUCAAACUUCCUUAAAACAGCUGAAGAAGAUGGUUGUUCAUUGCAUUGACUAUGUUGCCUAAUAGUGUGUGUGUGUCACAGAAACUAAAUUACGUUUUUUUCCAGCUCUUUCAAGUGCGCAAAGCAAAAUUCAGUAAUUCCAGUCAUGUUGUACAAUCCAGUUCAUGAACUAAGUCUGUGUAGACUUGUUGUUAUAUAGCCUAUCUUUUCUGCAGAAAAUGGUGCCAUAGGUACGGUUUUGGUUUCUAUGCUUCUUCUUGGUUUUCAGUUCUAAACUUUUCCUGAUCAGUGUUGAUAACAACGGCACAACCAGCUACUAGGCAGUGCCAGUCUGAACUGGGAAAUCCAACUAUUCUACUCAUUUUCAGUGACAGAUUACAGAUUAAAGCACUGGUACUAUCUUGGUACUAAUCUCUGAUUAGUUAAUUGAAUCAGUUUGAAGACAGAAAAUGUUUCGACUGAGAGUAAUGGUUAAAACAUAAUGUAAUGACUUUUUGUUUCAAUCAACUUCAAUCAACGAAAGCUAAAAUACAACUUUUUAGAACAAAAAUGAAUAAAUGUGACUGAUACUUAAAGACAUUUUAGUCCCAUGACUAAAUAUGAAACAGCUGCCAAAUUUAACACUGAUUUAGUUUUCAGAUAAAUAUGUUAAUUAAAGCAAAAUGUAAGCUUGGUUAUCCUUCACUGACACACUGGUGUCAAACACAAAAUACACACAGUAAGGCUCAGUGUCUUCAGUUUGCCCACUUCACUUUUUAACCGCUCUGCUUAACCAAAGACUGAGCUGUCCCCAAAGUUUUUCACUGAACUUGAGUCUAACUUUGGACACGUGAAGGGAAACGUUGAAAACUGUGGACAUUAUUCCCCGAGCUCAGCAUGGGCAUCCUCCAUCAUUGUGUGCUUGAUCACACAAAGUGUUGCUGAGAGCAGAAGGAGGCAGCUUCCUCUGUGCCACCAUGGACAACCUUCUCUCCUCUCUGCCUGAAAGAAAAUGUAAAAUGUUGAGCCCGGAUGAAAGGCGAGAGGAGAGAUGCGUAGCAAAAUCAGGGCCAUGUUAGCAUUCAGUGUCACAGCUGUCCUCUGUGUGACCCUUCCUGUUUUAAUACUACGCUUCUCCUCGCCUCAAGCAAAACACUCGGAUAUCUACAACAGAGACAGCUCAGCAGGUUUUUGCAGCUGUACAUUUGAGAAAACUAGUGGAGCAGAGCCGGUCAUGGUUUCCAAAGACAGUUUAGCCAGUAGAGAUUCGGAUCUGCUAUGGUCUUCAACUUAACACUGUUUCACCUAGAUAAUCGUGGACCAGCAGGAUGUGCAUGUGCUUGCUCUGUCAACCUCUAUUAUAAUCCAAGCAAUGUCAUUUUUUUCAUUCAAUCAGUUGUGCCUCUUAGGAAACCAAAGUCAGUAAGCAAACUACUCAUAUUAUUUGUAUAUUACCUUUACUUUCAUAAUCAGUGGCUUUUUCAGUGCAGUGAAUUUCUAUCUGCCUUCUUGCUGGAUGAGUUAACAUUAAAGCAAACAUUUAAAUUCACAGUCGUGUUAAAAUGUAAGCCUGCUGAUUUAAUGAACUACACAAAACUGAAGAUUUCCAUUAGAGGUGAAGUUGGUCAAGGUUUGCAGGAAUUUUUUUGACUUCCAUCUUUAUUCGUCUUUAACUGUAAUGUUAAAACUUAAAACACCAUUGCAUCAAUCACCACCUCCUCAGCAAUCAGCAAAUUAAACCCCCCUAUCAGGCAUGCUGAAAGUUCCCCAUAAUUUUCCAUAAUCAUCCAGGUGAGCUGCCUGUGUGAAGAGAAGAGAUGCACUUACCCCGCUGUUGAAUGUUGGAGUGAUUGAAUCUCCUGGUGGUCCCACUGAGAGCUGCAGUGUAGCUAAUCCAAUGAAAGUGGUCCUUAAGCAUUAACUGAUAAUUUGUGCUGGUAAACCAGCCUGGUACUGCUGGUGUAGCUGAAUUACUACUACAAAUCAUGACAAUGUUACACUGGAAACUAGUGCUUGAAGUACAUGAUCCUUGAAGCUUUAACUUUCUUAUGUUGCUGUUCAAUACAAACAACACAGUUUCUAUUAUAUCUGUCAGACUUAAAGGGAUAUUCCAGCGUAUGUUUAAGCCAUGGUCAAACACACUGUAACACCGAGUUAGACACCUCCUCGAGAGGUGAAUUUGCAGACCGCUUGCUUCUCUAGUUCCACCGACUUCCGCGAAGACCGCACGAUAGCAAUACACACAGGUCUAUUUCCCCCCGCAAAAAACGCAACCAAAAAGCCACUCUAUAGCCACAAAUAAUUCUCAGAACAGCACCUAACUUCAUCAACAGUACAUAUAGGGUCCCAGCAUGUAGUACUAGCCAUCACAUAUCUUUUUAGCUUGGCCUGGUUUCUUUGGCAAAGACACCAAACACAACUCAACCACUGUCAUCCAGCAGCCGCUUGUUUGUGGGGGGAGCCCUGACGAGUCACAGAGUGGAGUUCCGCAGCUCAAGGAAGAGCAUUUAUGAUUAUUACUUUAUGGAAAUGCAAUCAGACUGAGACGCUAAGAUGUGUAUUUCUGCUCAUUAUGUGUCACUAAUGCAACACAUCAGAGUCACUGUGUUUAUUGUUAAAUAGGUACAGUAGUAAAGUGAUACGAAUAUGUUAUAUCUUUUCUGACAGGUGGAUGGUAUGUCUACCAGCAAAGAAAUGAGGUGCACAACAACUGUGGCAUUGAGAUCUACUAUCAAACAGACAUGCAGAGCACCCACGACAACAUGCUGCUGGAGCUGUUCUGUCAGAUCAUCUCUGAGCCCUGCUUCAACACCCUGAGAACCAAAGAACAGCUGGGUGAGUCCCCGAAAGACAAACUGUUUCAUGGGGAGCUUCUUUAAGAACGCUUCUUCUUCAAAACAGCAUGUUAGAGACGUGACGAGAUUGUGCUCUUUGUUUUCUUUGAGAAAAUACAGCCUCAGUCUCCAUGUAGCAAUUAGAUACAACUCCAUUAAGACCAGCGAGUGUGUAAGUGAAGUUUCUGAAGUGCUGUACACCAUGUUUUUUUUUUAAUAACUAGGGAAAUGAAUACACUGAAUCACUGAACCGGAUUUAAUCAUGAUCUGCUUUAAAUGUUGUUUAUGAAACCACUUUACUGUAAAAGAACUCAUGAUGGAGAUGUUUGUUUUCUCACACGGGAGUAACCAUCUUGUCCGUCCAUUUUUAGGCUACAUCGUGUUCAGCGGGCCCCGGCGGGCAAACGGUGUGCAAGGCCUGCGUUUUAUCAUCCAGUCUGAGAAGGCACCGCACUACCUGGAGAGCCGCGUGGAGGCUUUCCUCUGCACCAUGGAGAAGUAUGUGGAGGAGAUGAGCGACGAAGCUUUCCAGAAACACAUCCAGGCCCUGGCCAUCCGCCGCCUGGACAAGCCCAAGAAGCUGUCCGCUGAGUGUGCUAAGUACUGGGGAGAGAUCAUCUCUCAGCAGUAUAACUUUGACAGAGGUAACACUGCUCUUCACUCCUCUUCACUCCUCACUCUUCAUUGUGAUUAUCUCUUAUCAGAGCUGUGCCAGAGUAAGCAGGAUGACUCUGAAAGUUUGAUUUGGCUGUUGAACACAAAGCUUUUUGAGUCUUUCUUUUUUUGAAAUUGUUUUAUUUUCGUUUUGAGACAAGCUUUCAACUAUCAGAGUUCUCCAGCUUUUGUGUUACCGGUCAGGUUUCAGUGGUUUUGAGACGUAUAAUUUAGCAUGACCUUUACUCUGAUGACUGUUUUUGCAAGAAUUUCAGACAAGUUUAAAGUGUCAGCUCCCUGUGCCAUACAGACAGAUUCCUCAUGCAAUAACUUACUCAGUUCUCCGUAGCUUAUUUCAGCAACCUCUCUAACACAGACCUGCUUUAAACAAGUUUGAGUUGUGAUCAUAAUAAUAUUAAUAUUAUUGAUAAUAAAUCAAUUUCCAGGUCUUAAAAAGUAUGGAAAAGGAAAAAUAAAGUAUGAAAAAAUAUUUAUGUUUCCAGACUAUUACCACAGUUCUAAAAUACCGUUUUCUAAAAGAGAAAAGUUGGUAUUUCCAAAAAUAAUUCUAAAAAGUAGGGUAUGGAAAUUCCAACUGUGUAGGAGCCCUUAAUGUCUUUUUUUUAAUAUAGCACUUACCAGGACAGACACUACAAGAAGCUUUUCUAACAAAAGCUCAGGAAAAAAGGAAUAAAACAUGGAAAAAUACAAAUACAAAGACGACACAUAAUCAAAGAGAACCUAGAAGUGGCAGCUGAAAAAGUCAAAGUUGCUAUGAGGCCUUUGUUUUCCUUCCUUUAUUUAGCAUUUUAUCCAUUGAUCUCAUGAUUAUUUUUACUAUGUACUGAUGACGCUGCUGUUUAUUAAAUUAAUCAGUUAUUAUUAUUUAUUAUUUUUUUCAUCUCCCCUGUAAUCGCCCCAAGGGGUGUAGAUAGAUGAAAAUGUACUGAAAUAAUAAUACAUAAAAACUUGAUUGCAAAAAAAGAAUAGAUAAAUAAAGGCUUUGAGUAAAAUACACAAAGUACCCCGUUAAAAACAAGGGGCAGCUCAGCUCGCUGCCCCUACUGAUAUCCUGUGCUGAAUCUCCUUUCUUUUACGGUGCUUUAGAUACUAUUUUAUUUGAUACGCUUUCUUAAAAGUUCACCCAAGUGUGAAGUGAGGCAUUGAAGUGGUAUGUGGGUAGUUAGGGUUAGUGAUAAUGUUUAUAUCACGUCAUUGGUGCAAAUCCUAAAGAGUGGUGCUCAAUACAACAAACAGCUUGCAAACAGUAAAAGCUGAAGGGCCAUUUUGAUACUGGCCUGGUAGAGUUCAUAGCCUGCCAUGUUGUUUCUCCUUCACUGCUUUAUAUUCACUGAUGAAACUCAAAACAACAAAGUUCAUUGAUUUGGCUGACAUGGUGUGAGGUGAUUCAGGUUGUUCUUAUCAGAUGGAAAGAAUCAUCGACUUUUAGAGGUCAGACACGGCUCACAGGCCGAGCUUGUGUUACGUAAAAGUCAAGAACAAGUUUGAAGGAGUUAUCAAUAUUUUGGUCAGUCCCAGAGGUGAGCAAGAUGUUGCUUAGAGCAGCACAAAUUAGAAUCGAUUAAAGGCUAAAAUAAUCUGCAGCUAUAGCACACCUCUCUCUGGCAGCACUCUCCCGAGUGCCGUAAUGGAUUGUAAUGGGCCUGAUUCACUGGUAAUCUGCCUAAAGCUCUGAGCGAUGGCAACACUGAACUGCAGCCAAGGGAGUGGUGCUGAUUACUGAUACGAGCAGCACUAGAGGGAGGGAGGAGAGUCAGCAGUGUGAGGGUGGCUAACAUGCUAAACACCAAGGACACAGAAGAAAACAGCACAUGCUCUGGCAGACGGUCAACAGCAGCUAGCUGGUCACCUUCUUGCAUAGAUGCUGAUUCAAUAUGAUACAGAUUGUCAAUACAUGAUCGCUGUGGAGAAUAUUUCCACCAGUCACUAUGGUUUGUUUUCCACAAAAAACACAAGCUCGUGUUGUUUUGAUUCAUAGCACCAGUAUAACUGAAUUUGACAAAUCGAACCAAUUUCACAAUGAUCACAAGAGUAGAGAUGCACCAAUCCAAUUUUUUUCUGAUCCAGUCGGAUACCGAUACCUGGGCUGAGGGUAUCGGCCGAUAUUCGAUACUGAUCCAAUAUUAGUGUUGAAUGAAUGAACUGUAUACCUUGCCCUCUGAGUGAAGGCAUCAGGCUUGACAUUAACCUUGUUAGAAAAAAAGGUAACAAAUGAACAGCAAAGAGAAGUAAGACUUCCAUGUAUUAAAAUAAAAAAUAAUUAAAAGAAUAAAAAGACUGGAUCUGCGUCAUUCAUCAGAUAUCCAAUCCAGUUAAUUUGUCAAUAUCUGAGCUGAUAUCUGAUCCAAACAUCGGAUUGGUGCAUCCCUACUCAAGUGUUAGGGUCUGUCAUCCAGUCUGUCAGAGGUAUUUAACUCUUUGCCCUCUCUGAAGCUCUUUCUAUGCUCUUCUUCACUGGUGUGACGCUGAUGUUUAAGUUCUUGUGUUUGCUUGUUGUCUUUCAGAUAACAUUGAAGUGGCCUAUCUGAAGACUCUGACUAAAGAAAACGUAAUGCACUUCUACAGGGUAAGUCAUACAUGAAUAAGUAACACCUCAUUGAGCACUUUUGGUCUAAAUGUAGCCUGACGACUGAUCUAAAAUUAGGCUAUGACAGGUCUAAAAAUGAAAGUUUUUUAGAUGUCAAAAUUUAGACCAAGUUUAGACCAAGUCUAAGCCUGGCCUAUAUAUAUAUAUAUAUAUACUACACUGUAUAUUGCUUAAUACCAUCAUAAUUAUCAUAAUUAUUUUGGUUAAGUACUUGGAGAUCAGUUAUGCAACUCACAGUUGCUUUUUGAAAUAAAUAGUUAAAGUGCAACAUCUAUAUUCUGUCUAAAAAUAUACAGAAUCUAGACGAUUGGUCUAAAAAAAUACACCUGGUAACCUGUGAGUUGAACCAAUAUGACGGUUUUCCAGCUUUUGUAGGCAACUUUCCAUUACUACAAGCUAGGUCACAGUAUUAACCUUUGUAGUGUUUUAAUGUAGUUUUACAUUAAAACAAGGAGAGUAGCCACUGACAAAUGAGUAGCCACUUCAAAUGUGAGCUGGGUAUUGUUAGGAGAGCACUGUGGUUAAAACAAUAGACUGUAUAAUUAAUGAAGCUAGCGUUGGAGGCCCCCCCAUCAUAUUUGACAUCACUCUUAAAUAUUCAGCUGCUAGAAAGAGCCAGGAUAGAGCAGACUGUGAUUGCUCAGAGAUGAAACUCAGCCCCGCCUUGCUGCGUUUUCAGAAUACAACAAUCAAAUAGCAGCAAGUUUCCACUCCUCUGAGCAGAAGCUUCUGUCGAAGCUGGACUUGAUGAUUGAGAGUUUCAGAGUCUUAUUUAAUGAACUGAAUAUUAGGGCUGAAAAAAGAUUUAAAAUAUCGUCAUUUUCUGAGUUUUAAGGUCUGUGUGACAAUGACAUUAACGAUUUAAGAGCAGCAUCACCUCCAGCGAGGAAAUGAGCACACACCUCCUCUGAAUCCAGUCAAAGCAUGUGUGUCAAUAGAUUCAGAGUGCAAGCUUUCAUCUCUCUGCUGCUUCUAUUCAUAGCCGUGGAGGUGACACUGACACAGGACGUUCACAGCAUAUCAGCCGCUAUAAUGACACACAGCCGCUAUCUGAGCCCAGCAGAAACCAUUACUGGCCCCAUGCACAAUAACCCUCAUGCAUUUCUAAUGUCCUAUCAGCCACACUUGCUUUUUCUUUUCUUUCUCUCUCCCUUUUCUGUUUUUUUUUAAAUUUCAUUUCUGGUAGCCUGAGUUGACACCGUCUGACUGCAGACGGGCUAAUUCUUCAGUCUUAUUAUAAUCCCCCACACAGAGAUGGUGACAAGGCCUGGCUGUGGAGCUAAAUCUCCAAAGGGCUGUCUGGACACAGAUCCCAGACUAACUGUGACAAACAGAGGCAGUGAGGCCGCGCUGAGCCGCAGCUUCAUCUUCAAUUUGUAAAGAAAUCACGAGUGAUUACAUUUCUUUAGCCUGAAGUUUAACAUGACUUUGCAUAAAAUUUGGCAACAAUCCUCCGAACAGAUUGAAUUAAAAAUCCUCCUGACUAACAACAGCCUGACGGUUUGCAUUUUAGACUAAUUAAGUGUUAAUGCCCAGAGCAAGAAUUACCACGGUGAGGGUUUGUCAACAACCUUUUUCCCCACGAUGAAGACAAAAGGAUGGAGAGCUAAAAAUACAAGUUUAUGAUAUGACUUUCCCUUAAUAGAGCAGCAUGGACAGUAUAGCAGCAUUGCAUUAUGGGAGAGUCUAAGCUGAAAUAUCUCAUGAAGGAAAGGAAACAUACAACGGAGUAUUAGGACCACAUUAAGAAAUAAAAAUUAAGACUUUGAGAUUAAAGUUGUUAAUUUGCUAGAAUCAAGUAAUUAAUAAUGGGAAUAAAGUGGUAAUAAAGUAAUCACUUACGAGAAUAAAGUCGUAGUAAAGUCAUUAUGAGAAUAAAGUCGUAAUAAAAUCAUUAUGAUACUUAUUAUAAUGUGGUGCUGAUGUGCCACAAGAUUAUGUAUCUCCUUGUUUGACAAACAUACAUUAAAGUACAUUUUCUUGAAAUGCUCCAUGGCUCUCAUUUCAACAACUGUCAUCUUAAACAACAGGUUAGAAUAUAAGGACUUUGUUCUGACUUUAUUCUUGUUAGAAAUUACUUUAUUACAACUUUAUUCUUGUAAGUAAUGAUUUUAUUGUGACUUUUUUCUCCUAAGUAAUGAUUUUGGUACGACUUUCUUCUCGUAAGUAAUUACUUUAUUACUUUAUGACUUUAUUCUCGUAAGUAAUGAUUUUAUUAUGACUUUAUUCUCAUUAUAAAUGACUGAGAUUUAAGUUGUUAAUUUAUGAGACAAAGUCUUUAUUUGUUUUUUCUUAAUGUGGCCCUAAUAUUCUGUGGUAAAAACAGAUAUUUCUCUGUGAAGAGAGGGAAAUUAGCAGGUUAAAACACUUGGUACAGCCUCACUACCAAUGUCUGAUUCUGCUUAUUGAAAAAGGUUUAAGGGAGAAAAUGUUUUGAUUUAAUGUAAAGGCCAAAACACAAUAACUUUUACUAAAAGAGAGCAAAAAGACUUGAUGUGGCUAAAACUAAAGGGCAUUUCCAUCUGAAGACUAAAUCUAAAACAGCUGUCAGAAUGAACACUGCUCCUUGACAGUUCGAAGCCAUUUAAAUGUCACUUUCUACGUCUAUUUAUCUACUUUCAUCAACUUUGGGCAUUUGGCUCCAGGAAACAGAGAAACAAGCCAAACUAAACUCAGCAGCUCAGCUGGCAGCCUCUAAAGCACUGCCAAAUGACAUCAAUUAACACUGAUUGUAAAGAUGUAGCUGCUUAACUCUGUCCUUCCUAGUUUUGAUCAAUAUUCUCAUUGGUUUAAAAAGAGGCAUCGUUUAGCAUUGAAUUUAAAUUCAUGGAAAUAGUGAUGUUGCUUUUCCUCUCAUGCCGUUCGUCCUUCCAGCACUGUCUCACCUGUCUGUCUGUGUUUCUGUCCGUCUCUGUGUGUCCCUGCAGGAUCGUCUGACAGUCGAAGCCCCCAAGAGACACAAGGUGUCUGUACAUGUUCUGUCCAGAGAGAUGGACUCUUGUGAGUAUCUGUGCCCGCUCGGUGUAAGACUCAGUGUGUUUAUGCAGCAUCAGGUCUAACUGAAGGUCUCUCUGCGUGUUCAUCAGGUCCCAUAGUGGGAGAGUUCCCCGCUCAGAAUGAUGUCAACCUGGCCCCGGCUCCCUCUCUGCCACAGGUACUCAUCACUGCAGUAGAUUUCUGCUCCGGCACACAGUUAACCUCCUGCUCUUCAAGCUACUAAAGAGACACUAAAACACGUCACAUGACAUCCGUAAACCGCACAAGAUGUCAGAUAAUUUCACUGAGUGCUUCAUCCUAAUGAGGCUGAACCAUUUCAUGUCUUUUAAGCACGGUCUGUGGGUGAUUCAGUUCAGUGAGUCUCCAUAAAAGACACUUUAAAGGCCAAGAGUGAAGCAAGUUUUUCUUGUAAAGCACAAUUUUAUGAAAAGCCAAAGAAAAAAAAAUCAAAUUCAGCACAAAAGACAAGAUUUCAGACACAGGAGUAUAAGAAAAAAAUAUCAAAUUUAGACAAAAAGGAGAAUACUCCAAAGUUCGAAAGAAACCUCUACCUCACUGGAGAUUGAGAUCUUACUUGAGCUGUAAUAUUUUGUUUUGUUCAAAUGGAUGUUAUAUUUUCUGGUGUCCUGGUGUGAAUACUCCUCAUCAAAUCCCAUUUUAGACCGUAUAUGUAGCAGCAGGUGUGGGUGAUGAGGUCCAGUUUACAUGCCGCAGCUGUUUUUGUCUUGCGUUGUAUGUGUUCAGACAUCGGCGCCCGCUCUCCACCCCCUCCUAACCUGCAGCCUCUCUUUGUCUCCGUAGCCCAUGCAGGUUCAGGACAUGACCGAGUUCAAGAGGAGCUUGCCUCUCUUCCCGCUGGUCCGGCCUCACAUCAACUUCAUGGCUGCCAAACUGUGA